UCAUAUUCUAAUCAACAUAUGGAGAUGCAUACUUGCUCUACAGUUCAUUACAUUAGUAGUGGUAUCUUUUAGUUAUCUGCUAGCAUAGUGCAAUCUUGUGAUCAUAUUUAUUUGACAAAUGCAGAUACCAUGKUUGAAGGUGUGGGAUCAAGGUGAAAGAGAUCACUCUGUCUCCUUGUCUGGGGCUAUUGUCUCUCUGGAAUCUAGCACUCUGCGUCUUCCACUUGUUGACGGUGCAAAGGUAUUUUAUGUCCUGCGGAUGUCCAAAGAUGCCAUCUGCUCGGCAGUUGAUGUCAUGCAGGCAAUGGCAUCCUCGAUAUGCUCUUUAGUAACWAAGUGUUUAUUCCAGGGAUCUGUUUGAUAUCGUUCUUUUGUGGACAAGGAAAAUAAAGGUUCUGCUAAGUMUCCUAGCAGAUUCUGGCACUGAGCAGCUGGAGUUUAUAACACUAAGUCAAAGGAUAGGAGAUCCAAAGUAUCCACAGAAGGUCAAUGAGACUGCCUUGAACAAAGACCUGGACAACUCAUGGGAGGUGCUUGCCGAACCAAUACAAACAAUAUGUAUCUGGUCUCACAUUGAAAUGGUAGCACAGCGGAUAAGCAAGUUGGGCACCGGCGGGAUCUCAACUAAAUAGGCUAAGGAACUGGUUCAAGUGGUUGUGCUAGCAACAUUCUUGGUUAUUAUAAAGCUAGCAGAAUCUGAAGAGGAGUCAAUGGUGGUACCCAACAUUCAGCUAGCCAUGUGGGUAUGUUCAUGUAUCUAAUUGGAAGUGGUACUACUUUGAAGUUUGUAGUUGAAGAGACUCACGAAGGUAAUAGCCAAGAGAAACAAGAGGCAUAGAAAAUUUUAUGCCCGCAGGCUGCAACUGUUAACUGACCUUUAUGCCUUCAGUGUACAACACAAGAACAUCUCAGAAGUAAAGACAAAUUACAAUGAAAAUAGGAGACAGGUCAGUAUGUAGUUAUAUUUUCAUUGAUUAAUACUCGAGCACAAAUAAAAUUUUCAAGUUAGAUAUGAGAGAGAAGGUAAAAGCUUCUAAUUGCCAAUUUGUCUUUCCUGUAAUAAUCAUGUUUUAAAUUUGCCGAAAAACCAUGCAAAAACACUUUUUAGUGUGAUCAUUUGAGGACAUUUGCACUUAACUCGUAAAUAAUAGGCUUGCAGUCUUGGUUUUAAAAAGCACGAUGUGGUUCGAGGCGGUAAGGGUCCUGGAAGCCGAUGCAUGAUGCGCCUAGUAAUCAAAAAGUACUUAUAAAUUAUUUCUACAUAUCAAUUUCUACCUUAAAAAUACUUACAUAUCAAAAUACUUCAUUUAUAACAUAAAGUAGUUAAAAAAGUGGCAUUAAAAUCUUAAAAAGUUCGUGAAUCGGAAUAACAAAACACACAAACCACGAUCGUGAAGAACACAAGUAAAUGUCUAAUAGUUCGUGAAUCGGAAUAACAAAACAC